AUGGUCCCGAAACUGUACCCUCGUCGAGCCGUGCUGUCCCUUACGACGCGCUUCUGCCUUCCUCAUGAAGGCAUGACGACACUCGAUUACCUUAGUAGUGGCUCAGCUGUUAUCCUGCAUGACUCUUCAAGCUCUUCACUUUCUGUUGCCACGUGCCAACACGUAGCAUGUCCGUGGCUCUUUCCUCGCUAUUUUGCUGCUACAUGGGACUGGCUACAGUUUGUGAACGAAGACCAUGUGCGUCACUCGCUUCAACUGCUGGCAGCAGUUCAUACAGAGAACUCGAACGAGACCAAGCCAGAGGUGCUGCUGGAGCUGCCACUUGCUAGUCAGGUUUACACUCAUCCGAGUCGAGAUCUUGCUCUACUGAAGUUGGUCGAUUCCGAUGCUAUUGCGAGUUGGCAAGCAGCAGCAAAAGAGUUUCAGGUGCAGACGCUAGCGCUCGAUACAGCGCCUUGUAAACAAGGCGAUGACGUGGUCUUUCUUGGACAUCGACAGGUGAAUAAGGAGCUGGAAGAAGGCUAUCAGGUGCCUAUGACAGUGGCAGGACACUUUGUUGGACGUAGCAGUGGUGGACAGGCUUUUGCACGGAGUCAAGAUCUUUUAGAAGAAGGAAUGUGUGGUGGUGCUGUGAUUCGAGCGACGACGCACGAGUGUGUGGGUAUUGUGGAGGGCAUUGUCCCGAUAAGUACGGGGGAAGACGAUCAAGAGCCGCCAAGACAUGAUCGAACUGCACACGAAGUAUGGCAGAUGCGGCGAGCUUUAGCAGGCCACGUGGCGCUCAUUCCGUCACAUGACGUGGAGGAGUUUAUGAACGAGCCGGGCGACUUGUUGCUGACAGGUAUGGAGGUGCCGCAGUUUAUGUAG